AACAAUGGAUGCAGAGGUAGAACAUAUUGAAAAUGACGUGGAGAAUGACAUCAGGACACCAACAGUGCUUCCUAAUGAGGUGGAGAAUCCUUCCAUUACUGUGAGCGGGAAUGACGAGGAAGAUGUCCCAGCAGAGGUGGGAUCAUCAGAUCAAGAAGGAAAUGCUGAACUUCCUGAGGAGCUUCCUCGCGAGAAGGACGGUGACAUCGAGCUUCAUGGUGUUAGCUCCACCACCAGAGAAAACAUAGAAGUCAAAGUGAGUGAAGUCAAUGAACAGCCACACACUCGAGAGGAGGCUGUGGACUCUGAGAUCAGCAGCGGUGAAGACCGUGGGCCUCACAGACCCGAGACCCCGCAAACAAAGACCACGACUCCUGCACUAGUCGUUGAAGAGGCGUCCGGCGCUGAUCCUGCAGACGGAGACCACAUCGGCCAUGGCGACUACACACGGCUGCACCAGGAGCUGUGGGACGAGAGGGGCAGGGCCCUGCAGCGCAGCAUCCGUCUGCAGGCGACGCUGACCGAGUACCUGCGCAGGAGCGCCGAGGAGGCGGCGCGCCCCGAGAAAGUCCAGGAGGCGGAGCCGCUGCAGGAGUACGAGACAUGCAUGAGCGUCCUGACGGCGCUGAGGCGGCGGCUGGACACAGAGCUGGACACGGUCCCACGGCAGGCGGAGCUGCUGAGGUCAGAGGCCCAGGAGCAGCUGGCCAAGGUCGGGCCUCCAUCCUCCUCCCAGGUGGAGAACGAAUGGCGGGCUUUGACGGAGCUGAAGCGCGACGUGGCCGUGGCCGCGUUAAGCCGCAGCCUGGGCAAACACGGCGCCCAGGAGAAGGCGGCGGCGGCCCUGGCGGCGGAGCAGCUCCGGCAGGACCGGCUGAUCAAGGCCAGGACCGGGCUCAUCCUGCUGAGGGCCAGGACCGACAGGCUGGAGGCGGAGCUGCGCGAGGCGGACCAGCGCGACAGGGACCCCCUGCGGCUCUGGUUCACGGAGCUGCAGGCCGCGAGGCUGAAGCAGAAGAGACACGUCGAGAAGCAAAGCGAGGAGUCGUUGAAGCUGCAGAAGAAGAUCAGCAGCGACCUGGAGCUCCUGUCAAACGUGAAGGAGAAGCUGUACUGGAGCCAGGCAGAGGUCCAGGCCAAGCGGCAGCAGCUGGCGGACGUGGAGGCCGCGGUGGCCACGAAGAGGGACCUUCUGACCAGGACCAAGCAGGCGCGCGACAGCCUCCACCGGGACAACCAGAGGCUGAAGGAGGGCAGGGGACUGCUGGGGAACAGGGUCCUGCUGCAAGACUUUGAGGACGCCGUGGAUGCUGUCGACCACCUGGAGGAACAGCUGCAGAAUCUGAAGAGCCGCCGGGCUGAGAUCGUCUUCAGCGGUGGCAGGUCUAAGAAUCCUGAAACAAAUUAAUGAAGGAAUCAGACCACACGCACACAAUCAGUCUCAGACAGGAAGUGUCUGAUUCAUUCUCAUCUGUAGACUGAUCCUGGCUUCAGUGUAAAAUGAAUAAAGGUGAAAUAAAUGUUGAAAGCCAAGGA